UGUUUGCCUUCCCUGUAGCCAAACAUAAACCCAAGGAUGAGGGUAUUAUUCCGGAAUGGCGAACGCUCGAACACUGGGAUAACACUACAUUAAAGACAUGCCGAUCACACAUCUCUCGGAAACAAUGAGAGGAUAUAAACUAUAAACGUCCAUACGGCAAGAGACUGACGCUAAAAGACGUGACCGCACAAGAUUCAAGGCGCUACGGAGCCCGAAUGAAUGUCGCUGGCAACAAAACGAGCGUGUGCAAAUCGCCAAAAUUCGGGGAAUAAUUGCACCUCAUAGCGAAAGCGAUCCAAGGCGUGUUUAUCGGCAUAACCAGUGCAGGAUAUCGCGUCUGGAUCGGGUUAUUAUUGCACAACAACGCGCGCGCUAGCGUUGUGUCGCCCGCGCGUGAAGGCCUCGCGCACACUGGAAGUGAACUGGAUCGAGCCGAGCAACAACGCAAGGAUUUUACAUAUGUUCGCGCAUUGCACAUCCGUACAGUAGAUGUUUAUUUGAGUGCAUGGAUGGUGCAGUGAUUUGACUGUCACCACUGUGAUCUCGCUGCUUAUGAAUGAGUUUAAAAUGCACUUUAUUUCUCUCCGAUCACUGUGGGUUAGGCGGUUCUGAUAAGCUUGAUUUGCACUGCGUUGAGAUCAUGAGCUUCAAAGACCAGAAUAACCUUGUUAAAAAAAACACUGAGAGACGAAGGACCAAGUGACUGUGAAUCAUAGUGACCCUUUAAACACUGUAGUCGAAGACACACAAUAGCGGAUUCUUCUUGUUUGGGUUUGAAGACUGCAUGGUUGUGGGCAAAGUUGGUGAAAUCUGUUAUUAUUUAUUAUUAUUAUUGUGACCCUAAGGUAGAAAUAUGAUUCAGUCCUCAGGAAUUUGUGUUCGGGACACCCACUGGAGGCUUCAGAGAUAAUACAGAGAUGUGGUGUAUUGAUCCUGCAUGUUCCCAGUGGUUCUGACACGAGUACUGGAGUUAUUUCACAUGUUUUCGAGUUUGUUUAUUAAACGGGACGAUGCUGGUGAGGAGGACCACUGCGUUGAACUUUGACCCUUGACGUGACGAAAGGACUAAAUUCACCCUGAGGAGAGGAAAUACAACUAACAUACACUAAUGACAUGAUCUCAAACUGACUUAAAAUCACUACACAAACAAUCGGGCAAACCUCUGUGGGUUUGCAGCCAUGAGUGUCCGACAACCGACCUCCACGCUGGACAGGUUGAGCAGUCUGACACUGGGAGACUCGGAGCGCAGGUCUCCUCCUGGCCAGCAGAGGGACACACUGUCCGAUCUCUCCUCAGACAACACCGGGACGGGUUUAGUCCAGCGAUGUGUGGUGGUGCAGAGGGACAAUCUGGGGUUCGGCUUCACCGUGUGCGGCGAGAGGAUCAAACUAGUGCAAAAUGUUCGGCCAGGUGGAGCGGCGGUCAAAGCCGGAGUCCAGGAAGGAGACCGCAUCAUCAAGGUCAAUGGUUCGGUGGUUUCGUCCAUGUCUCAUCAGGAAGUCGUAAAGAUGAUCAAAUCUGGGACGUAUGUGGCGCUGACUCUUCAGGGCCCGCCUCCUUUAGUCGGGUCUGUCCCGCUUCAGCCCCUCCCCACCGACCUCUUGCCCAAUCACAGGACAGCACCGGGUGGGGAAGCCCCGCCUCCUCCACUGACUCCUCCCACAGGAAGUAGUACCCCAACCCAGAGAAUCACAGGACCCAAACCAUUACAGGACCCCGAGGUGAAGAAACACGCCACAGAAAUCCUCAGGAAGAUGUUGGAGCAGGAGGAGGCCGAGCUACAGAACCUGCUGGAGGAGCAGUCUCGAAACCCCUCGCCGUCGCUAGAGGAGCGGAUCGAGAGCGCCAAGCGGAGAGCCAAUCAGGUCCGAGUGAAGAUCCAGCAGGAUGUGGACGGCACUCGGUCUGACGCGCUGGCUAACUAUCUCACCGCUGGAGAAGGACGGUUAUCGAUGGACUCCAGUGAAGGAGAUGUGGAGGCGUGUGAGAGUCCCUUCUCCUCCCCCUCCGCCUUCCUCAGGAACCCCCUGCUGCGCCGGCAGGGCUCCGACACACACCCCUGCGACCCGGGAGGAAAGACGCAGAUCAUCGGACCAGAGGAAGAAGAAGAGGAGGAUGAUGGGUAUUCGAUCAAUGAGAUGGACGGGCCGUUCCAGGACAUCGAGCUGCUGAAGAGUCGUCCGGCACACAUGACGGUCUUCAUGAGAUACGUGUUCGGCCAGCUCCUGGACCCCAACCCGCUGCUGUUCUACCUGUGUGUGGAGGCGUACCUGGGCUCCAGCCCGAAGGACGCACGUUCUCUCGCCCCUCAGAUCUGCUCACACUUCCUGGACCACGACGCCCCUCUGAAGAUUAAAGUCCGUGAGGAGAUCCUGACUGACAUAGAGAACCGCCUCCAUGCGCAGGAGGACAUCCGAGGGCCGCUCUCUGAACUCCAGCAACAGGUGCUUCCAGACAUCCAGGACCAGCUUCAGGACUACAGGAACAAGCAGACGAUGGGUCUGGGCUCUCUGUUUGGAGAGAGCGACCUGCAGCAGUUAGACGGAGACCCGGCGAGAGAGAGACAGGUGGUGGACAGACAGGUGCUGGCGCUCUGGGAGAUCCUAUCAAAACAUGAGGAGGACAGAAGUUCUCCGUUAGCGUCUGCGGUUCAUCUGUAUCUCAGACACUCAGGCAUUAAACUCCGAGACUCAAAGGUGUUUCCCGGUUUGAUGUCCGAGAAGGAGAAGUGGCUCCCGUUCUUCCCCAAAGCUAAGAAGCUGAGCAGCGCAAGAAGAGAGAAGGAUGGAGAAGACAAGAAGAGAAAUCCCAUUCUGAAGUACAUCGGGAAACCCAGGGGCACAUCGCAGUCCACGUUCCAUGUCCCGUUGUCCCCCACCGAAGUUCGUCCCGGCAGCGUGAAGAACAUCAUUCAGCAGUUCGAGAGUAACUCGGACUCAAUUGAGGAGGGAGACGUUGAGGGACAGCGACUGUCUUCCAGCAGCUUCGGAGAGGAAAGCAUGGACAGUCCGACCAUCUCGGUGCGUUUGGCUCGCAGCGAGUCUCUGAAGGCACAGGGGGAGGGGCGUCGGCGAGGAGGUGGGCCGGGGGCGGAGUUUGUCCCUCGUUCCCGUAGCGACGUUGACAUGGAGGACUGUGAGGAGAGGGAGGGGCCUGGACUGAGACCGUUACAUCACAGCGCCUCGUCUUCAGCCUCCAGCAGCUCCGCGAGGUCUCUGGAGAACGCGACGCCGCCGUACACACCCCGCUCCCAGCGCAGGCUCGUGGAGCCUCCCGUGGCCCUGCUCCCGGACGCCCCGGCCCUCGAGGAGGACGUGAUCGACCCGCAGAACUGGCAGGAGACGGUGGACACGCAUGUGCUCACGUCACUCUCCUCGCGGGAGGUCGACAGACAAGCCGUCAUCUACGAGCUGUUCACGACGGAGGCGUCUCACCUGCGCACGCUGAGGGUCCUGGACCAGGUGUUUUACCAGAAGAUGCAGAGCGUCCUGAGUCCAGACGAGCUGUCCUGCAUCUUCCUCAACCUGCGGCAGGUCUACGAGCUGCACGCGAGUUUGUGUGAGUCCAUGAGGAAGCGCAGGGAGUCGGCCAUCGUCCAGGGCAUCGGGGACAUCAUGCUGGCCAGAUUCGAGGGCGAGGCUGGAGAGCAGUUUGAGGAGCAGGUGUCUCUCCUGUGCAGUCAGCAGAGUCAAGCGCUCGAGCUCAUCAAGAACAAGCAGCGCAAAGACCCGCGCUUCACACACCUCAUACAGGAGUGUGAGGCGAGUCCUCACUGUCGUCGGUUGCAGCUGAAGGAUCUGCUGGUGUCGGAGAUGCAGCGCUUGACUAAAUAUCCACUGCUGCUGGACAACAUCAUCAAACACACCGAGAUGUCCUCUCCCGAUCUCCAGCAGCUGCAGAGAGCUCAGGUGUGUUGUCGAGGGAUUCUUCAGGCCGUGAACGAGGUCGUCAGGGAAACGGAGCACCGACACCGGCUCAGCCAAUACCAGCGCAGGCUCGACCUCACGCCUCUGGAGAGACAGGCCAAUCCCGUCGCAGCGCAGUUCAAGAAUCUGGAUCUGACCAGGAAGAGGAUGAUCCACGAGGGGCCGCUCACAUGGAGAGUCAGCAAAGACAAAGCCAUCGAGAUCCAGGCGCUGCUGCUGUCGGAUCUGCUGCUGCUGCUCCUGAAGGGUCCCGACGAGCGGCUCAUCCUGCGCUGUCCGUCACGCUCGCUGGGCGGAGCCACCGACCUCAAGAUGACCUUCUGUCCCGUCGUCCGCCUCGACUCCUCCCUCGUGCGCUCCGUCGCCACAGACAAUAAAGCGCUGUACGUGAUCAGCACGUCUGAGAGGCAGAUCUACGAGCUGGUGGCCGGGUCCUCGUCAGAGAAGAACACUUGGAAAGACCAGCUGGAAAAGACAAUCGCGUCAGCCACUCAGGGAUCCGGAUCAGCUAAACCAGAGUCACCCGUGCGGUCCUCGGGUGUGUCUUCAUCAGCGAAUGACCUCGACGAGUCUCUGUCGGAGCGAGUGUCUCUGGAACGGGACUCUGCCAGUGAUGAUGAAUGUGCUCUGACGCCCACCACUCCCGCCGGCCAAUCAGAAGCCGGCGUUCGCCAGGACGGGGACGGUUUCCUCCAAUCGAAAGCUGGCGUUGCAGAAGCUGCUCUUCAGGAUGUGGAAACCCUCCGACAGCUGAUCUUCAGAGACCUGGACGAUGGGUGGAGUCAGGAUUCAGACGACACGCCCACAAACGAGACGGCCAAUGAGCGGAACUCUUUUACAGACGGGCCGGGGGCGGAGUUUCCUGAGCCCGCAUCCAGCGAGACUCUCAGCCGAUGGGGGGAGGAGCCUGUGGAAGCUCCGCCCCCGGAGGUGCAGGUGGUGAGGAAAGUCAUGGGUGCGGGCUGUUCUCUUCCUGACGACAUCACCGAUGAUGUCACCGCCAGCCAAUCCUCUAAGGACAGAGGGAACAUGUUUUACCUGGUGAUGCCCAAAGAUCAGUCCAGCGCUCCGGCCGACGAGAGCAGCACCGAUGAGCUCACACACCGCAGUGUGUGCUCGUCGCCCUUCAUCAUCGAGGAGGAGGAGCCCGAGACGCCCUGCCUCGCUCCAGCUGACCCAUCGCUCACUGAGCCUCUGAGUCGGGGGCAAGGGCUCGGCCAAUCACAGACCAGCACACAGCGUCAUGUGAUCAAGAACUCGGACCAGAUCUUCAACACCAUGGAGCAGCUGAUGAGGAAACUGCAGCAUCUGAGGGACAUUGAGGCGGAUCACCACACACUGCUGAAGACGUUACGCCAGCCGUGCCCGGCGGUACAAUCAUCCGAUGCCGUCGUGUGCCGGUGUCCCGCCGUGGCCCGGGCGCCUUCGCUGGACCGGGGAGCCGGAGACGGUAAAGAGGGCGUCUCGACAGAAUCGGCUCCGCCGAAAAUCCAGUCCACUGGCUUCUGACGGUUCACACUGGACUUUCAUCUCGCACGCACAGACUCACGCAAACACACUAUGAUGUAGCCCCUUCCCAGCAUGCCUUGCGCCUGGAAGCACCAUCCAGGUUGAAUUAUGUGUUGUGUGUGUCAACUCGUGACUUGAGAGACGGGACGGACGACCCUUCGGCCCGCGGAGAGAGAGAAAUGACGGAGAAAGGAAAGUGACCAUUCGAGAGAGGGAAAAUGAAAUGCGAUUGGUUGAUGGGAGAACGUAAGUGAUGCGUGACGAACAGGAAGUGAUGUCGCGCGGCUGAAGACAUGACUCUGUCCUUUGAAGGAAACCCCAGCACUUUACCUGCGUCACAUCUCGUUUUCAUCGUCACCCUGAGCCGCCGAUUCAGGAUCUUUUGCACUGGGAAUAAGGAUGUCUCACGGAUACAUAUCGCUAAUAUCGUAGCUUGUGUUUGAUUACGUAAAACACUACACGAAGGAAGGAAAUCGACAAAAGCUGAAGGUUUUAUUUUGUUUUAUUUUAUUUUAAUGGAAGAAAUAAAAUAUCCAACAAAUGUUUGUUCAGUUUCUAUGCACUAUUAACUGGAUUCCUCUUUAAAUCGCGCAGGGGGGAAAAGGGGGCGUGUUUAUGAAUUCUGACAUGUCAUGUGACCUGACACACUUGUAUUACUGUGAGCGUUUGUUCGUCACUUGCUCAACGGCUGCUUGAAAACACACUAUGAAGGGAUCGGCAACUCUAAUAAAUGAAAACAACUUUUCUGGGCGUUAAACUCGUCCGCCUAACCCGCCGAAGGAGGAUUGUUACCUCACCUCCUGUUAUGUUUUCCUUUAUUUUCUUAUUCGAAUGGUUUUGUGUAUCAGAGACGCUGCUUGUGUGGAUAACUGCUGUUAACUCAGGUGGAGAAAUGUAGACGUGUUCCUCUCGUUAGCUUUAACACUUUUACCCGUGAGUUUUCUCGUCUUUUCUUCUUUUGUUUCCCGCCUCAUUCCUCCAUCGCUUCACUCGUCAUUCAUGCUCGUCAGCGGUUCGUUGCACUGGGAAGAAGCGCGCGCUCGUGCGAACUACUGUACGUAGAGCUUUGUGUUUUUAUUUUCAUCACUCAUGUAAUAUAGUUCACGGCCUGUUUUAUAUGUUCAUUUUCUGUAAAGCUCUGGUCAUUUCUUUUAAUUUUAUUUUUGUAGAUAUGACAAACAAAAGAUGUGUAAAUUAUUUUCUCUCCCUCUUUUUAAAAACGGCGAGAUUGUUAGAUGCACAGAAGGAAAAUGAAAACUCAUGUUUAAAAAAACUCAUUUGUUUUGUGAAAUUAAAAAUGUUUAAAAACAA